AUGAUGACGACGAUGGCGGGCCAUCAUAAGACAAUCUCCAUUAAUGACUAUCCCGAGCACCUGAAUCCGUUCCGGGAGGAGGAUAAUCACAAUAAAAUCAGGUUUUGGACAAUCGGUAGAAAAUUAAGCAGGUCUAACAGUAUUUCGUUUUCUGGAAUAAAGGACCUAAAAAAUUCAUGGUCUUUACGCUCUUUUAUGAGAAAAGGAAAGAAAGACUCAUCAGCGUCCGGCACUCGCAGCACAGUGGGGUCACCUGAGCGUGCUGACCGCUACGUGUACGGUGGCUCCGUUACUCCAUUACCGCGCUCGCGAUUCCAAGAACGCUUGCGCAGCUCUCAACUAGAAGUCAAUUCGCUUAGUGCCACCCCCCGCAUGGCUCGUAGCGAUAUAACGGGAUCAAGGCUGAGCGUGGAGAGCACUAACCCAUUUGAUGAAGCGCCGAUACCACCCAUACGGGCUUCACGUCGCAAGAAAAAACGUGCUCCGCCACCGCCUUCUGUUACAACUGCUGACGACUCAGUAACCAACGUACCGCAAGCAGAACUGCACAUUACAGAACCAGAUGACAGCAAGACCUUAAACGUAACUGUUGACGAUGAUAUUGAUGAUAUAAAUAUAAAGGUCGAAUUAAAAAUCGUUGAAGAUGAAGAAAACAGUAAUAUUAAAAAAGAUUCAAGUCCUGAAAAGCUUCAAUCGGAAAAACUUGACGAAAAUCAACGAAAGCUAAAUUCAGAUGAGGGAGACACCAAAGAUUUAGAUGAUAAUAGCGAAAAUCGAACACAUAUUGACGACACAGUGGAAGUCAGGUCAAAAUCAACAAAAGACAUUGCUUCUGAUUUAUCCUUUCCUAAAAUAGAUAUAAUUAAGUAUAGAAGAAACUCUAGCGUAAAUGAGGAUGAUAUAAGACUUCGACGAGGGAAUCUAGAAGACUUCCACUCACUAUCGAAUAAAAGGAGUAAAAGUUUAACAAGCACCCUAGAUGGUAGCUACAUAGCUUGUGACAUAAAUUUAAACCAACACAAUGUGGAUAUCAAUAGGAACGAAGAGCCUCAAAAAGUUGUUUGUAAAGUAUACGACGACGCGAGAAAAGAAAGCAUUGACAAUUCCAUAUCAAGCACUGAAAAAGAUUUUCAAGAAAUCGAUAAAGCAACUAGAGAGCUGGAAAGAGAAAUAAAUAAGCUUAACACGGCACUGAUAGAAGAUGAUCUAAGUUUUGAUAACGGUCGACUUUCUGUGUCCGAAAUAAGACAGAAAUUUGAUAGGAAUGGCGCUAAUUCGCCAAACCCAAUACCAAAACCCAGGAGAAGUCACUACGGUGAAUCUGGCUCUCCUGCAAACGGAAAUAUACAGACA